UCUCGCCAGCACACAGUAGAUGCUCAAUACAUUUCCUGAAUGAGUCUUCAAGCCUCCACAACAAGGACAUAAGCAGUUUCUCCAGCCUCUUGGUGCGGUCAGGGCUUGUCUUGCUGAGUGAUUAUCACACACCUGGAUAACGUUCAGGUGACUGGAGAACUCUCACGUGGACAGUCCCCUAGUAUCCAGCCUGGGUCAUUGAACAACCCUUUCCCAGGCCCCCACCCCACAUGACCAGCGUAAAGGAACCCGGCGGGCCAUUGCCAGCAGUUAAUAUGGCGACUGCGGCGACAGUGCAUGGCGCAUGCGCCUGGCGAGGGGCGGCCAGGUACGAAAGAUGAGAAUACGGCUCCUCCUUCUUCCUCGUCCCACCCUAUUUCCGGCGGAAGCGGCCGCAACAAGGGAAACUUUAUUGUUCCCGUUGGUGCAGUGAGGAUGUCGGUGAAUUACGCGGCGGGGCUUUCGCCGUAUGCGGACAAGGGCAAGUGCGGUCUACCCGAGGUCUUCGACCCCCCCGAGGAGUUGGAGCAGAAGGUGUGGGAGCUGGCACAGCUCAUCUGGCAGUCCUCCAGUGUGGUGUUCCACACAGGCGCAGGCAUCAGCACUGCCUCAGGCAUCCCCGACUUCAGGGGCCCCCAUGGCGUCUGGACGAUGGAGGAGCGGGGCCUGGCCCCCAAGUUCGACACUACCUUUGAGAAUGCCCAGCCCACAAAGACCCACAUGGCGCUGGUGCAGCUGGAGCGCGUGGGCCUCCUGCGCUUCCUGGUCAGCCAGAACGUGGACGGACUGCACGUGCGCUCCGGCUUCCCCAGAGACAAGCUGGCAGAGCUCCACGGAAACAUGUUUGUAGAAGAAUGUGUCAAGUGUAAGACGCAGUAUGUCCGGGACACCGUGGUGGGCAGCAUGGGCCUAAAACCCACAGGCCGGCUCUGCACCGUGGCCAAGUCCAGGGGACUGCGGGCCUGCAGGGGGGAGCUGAGAGACACUAUCCUGGAUUGGGAGGAUUCCCUGCCUGACCGGGACCUCACCUUGGCCGACGAGGCCAGCAGGCUGCCCAGCCCAGAAGUGACUGAGCCAGAAUCAGAACCCAGGAGUUCCCCACCAGCAGCUCCACUUCUGCCGACAAGGUUGAGGGGUGGCCCGGCAGAAGGGAAGUGUCAGAGGCAGGCCAUGGCUGGGCCCCCAGCAGAGGAGUGCAGACCUGUCCAUCACACUGGGCACCUCCCUGCAAAUCCGGCCCAGCGGGAACCUUCCCCUCGCCACCAAGCGCCGUGGAGGUCGCCUGGUUAUCGUCAACCUUCAGCCCACCAAGCACGACCGCCACGCAGACCUGCGAAUCCACGGUUAUGUUGAUGAGGUCAUGACGCGGCUCAUGAAACACCUGGGCCUGGAGAUCCCGGCCUGGGACGGCCCCCACGUGGUGGAGAGGGCACUGCCGCCCCUGCCACGCCCACCUGCCCCCAAGCUGGAGCCCAAGGAGGAGGACUCCCCCCAGCUCGACAGCCCAGUGCCUGCCAGCCCCAAGCAGGAACCCACAGCUGAGCCCUGCACCCAGCACAAUGGUUCCGGACCCACCAGCCCCAAAAGGGAACAGCCGGACAGCCCUGCCCCUCACAGGCCUCCCAAAAGAGUGAAAACCGAGGUGGUUCCUAGCUGACCAGGGGCCCCGGGGAGGGCGGGUUUUUUUUUUUUAAUAGAAACCGUGGGUUCUUUUUCUUUUUUCUUACCAGUCUCACUUUGUUAUUCAUUUCUGUCCUUUGGGGGAGACCUCAGGGUGCUGAGAGCUGGGCUCCAGGCCCAGGGGCAGACUUGCCGCCCACUGGACCUCCCUUUAACUUGGGGCCUAUGGAAGGGGCUUGGCAAGGAGCAUCUCUGCCCCAGAUUCUGAACUUGGAGCUGACAACCCCACACCUGCUCCACCCCGUCUCCAGCCCCUGACUCAGGGUGUUCUUGGGAGGCGUGACCAGGCCCUCCCUGAUUUCCAACCUAAACAGGAAUCAAGCCUGUCUGCCCCCUGGACUCUCACACUCCCUAGCCCCUGCCUAUCCCCACACAGCCUUCACAGCCCCUCUAGGAGGGAGGGGACACACAGCCACCAUUUAGGAGCCAAACUUCAUGGCAGGACAGACAACAGAGGUUCACACUGCCUUUGUGGCUGGAGCGAGGCAAGUGGGUCCACCUGACUUCCUCCAGGCUUCCAGAAAAGCCUUCAAUGCAAUAAAAGAAUUUCUUGCA